AUGGUGAAUCAAAAAAAGACAACACCAGCUCAACUACGAAUUGAAAAAGAUUUAAAUGAAUUAGAUAUUCCAUCAACUAUUAAAUUAAAAAUUUUAGAUUCUUCUAAAAUGAAUUUUGAAAUUAUAAUUAAACCAGAUGAAGGAUAUUAUCAAAAAGGUUCAUUUAAAUUUCAAAUAAAUUUAAAUAAUAAUUUCCCAAUUGAUGCACCAAAAGUUAAAUGUUUAAAUAAAAUUUAUCAUCCAAAUAUUGAUUUAGAUGGUAAUAUUUGUUUAAAUAUUCUUAGAGAAGAUUGGUCACCAGUAUUAAAUUUAAAUUCUAUAUUAGUUGGAUUAUUAUUUUUAUUUUUAGAACCAAAUCCAAAUGAUCCAUUAAAUAAAGAAAGUGCAAGUAUUUUAAUUAGAGAUAAAAAUUUAUUUAAAAAAUAUGUUAAUGCAAGUUUAAGUGGUGGUAGUUUUGAUGGUGUUAGAUAUGAUUAUGUACUUUGA